UACUAAUUUUAAUAUGCUUGCAAAUGGGAAUCGUAGAUGACGACAAUUACUGAGGUUUCAUGAAAUUAGAUAAGUGGAAUCCACCGACUGAUCAGCUUCAAUCUAUUGCAGAUACGUUCAACUCCUGUCGUAUACCUACACCCCACAUUCAUUCAAGAAUAGAUAAUCUCUCUCUCUCUCUCUCUCACACACACACACACGAAGAUGGCAGAAACAUCUCCUCAGCUCGGUCAGCACUCAGCCGCAAGCAUUACAUGCGUGAAAAAGCUUGCCGAAUCACCUGAUCUCGACUCCAUCCCUUCGUACUAUGCCUACUACACCAAUCCCGCUGAAACCAUGGCUUCAGACCCCCAUGACUCAAUCCCCAUCAUCGAUCUCUCGCUUCUCUCCUCCGACAACCCCGACCAUAGGUCCAAAGCCAUCCACGACCUCGACAAAGCAUGCGAAGAAUGGGGUUUCUUCAUGGUCGUCAAUCAUGGGAUACCAGAACAGCUGAUGAGGGAUGUGAUUGAUGUUACUAACGAAUUCUUCAAUCUGCCGGAGGAAGAAAAGCCAGAAUUCCAGCCUGAAAACGUCUUGGAACCAAUCAGAUACGGAACCAGCUUCAAUACUGCGAAAGAGAAGGUGUUCUGGUGGAGAGAUUUCUUGAAGGUUUGUGUUCAUCCUGAGUUUCACUGUCCUCAUAAACCUCAAUCUCUCAAAGAGGUGGUGAUGGAAUACUGCAAAAAAAGUCGACAAGUGGUGAGGAAAUUGUUGAAAGGUGUUUCAGAAAGCCUGGGGAUUGAAGAGAGCGAAAUGGAGAAGUGUUUAGGGUUGGACUCUAGUUUACAGAUAUUCGCUGCGAACUUGUACCCACGUUGUCCAAAUCCUGAUGUCGCAGUGGGCGUAGCACCACAUUCCGACCAUGGACUUUUCACACUUCUCAUACAGAAUCAGGUUGCUGGCCUGCACAUACAACAUAAGGGCAAGUGGGUUCAUGUCAAUCCCCUUCCCAACUCUAUUUUGGUUAAUACUGCUGAUCAUCUCGAGAUAUUUAGCAACGGAAAGUACAAGAGUGUAUUGCACAGAGCAGUGGUGAAUAACAUGAAGGCAAGGAUUUCCAUUGCCGUGGCCAACGGCCCAUCAGCCGACACAGUUGUCUCCCCUGCACCACAUCUUCUCAAAACCCAAGGCUGUAGGCCUGCAUAUGUUCCGAUGAAGUACAAGGAUUACCUGUUGACUCAACAGGGCAGCCAACUCAAUGGGAAAUCUAUUUUGAGACGAGUUCAGAUCUAAGACUAGUGCAUUUCUCUUCCAUCAUGUCCCAGGGAAUCGGUCGUGUAUUUUGCUGUAUAAAUACUGAUGUAACUGUAUAGUAUGUUUGGUUUCGUUUAUACACAUCGAUGAAGAUCAGUGUGGUCUUUAGAAAAA